CCCCCACUCCGCGCCCCUCUUCUCGUCCCACUUCCCGGUAGAGUCGCACGCUUCCCAACGACGUGUGCGAUCCCCUCCUCUUCUCUCUCUCUCUCUCUCUCUCUCUCUCUCUCUCUCGGUGCUUGGCGAGCUGCGGCAAUGGCGAUUUCGUCCAGAAGCUUCUCGACCGGGCGAUGUACGCUCUUCCUCUUCUCCGUUCAGGCUAUGAUGCUAGUCUCCUCCGUUCACUCAGAUUUAUCAGAUAUAUUAUUUCUGAGGAGGUUCUCCAAAUCCAAAACUGAGAAAGAUGUUGAAGAAUAUGCGCAGGCACAAAAUUGUUCGAAUUGUGAGAGUGAACAGGGUGUUGAUAUUACUGUUAUGUACACUGAUCCUUCUGGUAAGAUCAAAACAUUUGAAGUUAACUCCAGGGAGCUAUCAUCUUCCUGGAUCUGGCAGAAUUCGCUCUCUACAAAUCACGCGCAGAAGGUGGUUAGACAGCAUGAAGCUUCAAAUGAACAACUUGUGAAUAGAACACAAGAGAAUGUUCUAAAUGGACCACAAGGAAGCACUAAGUCUUCUCGUGAUCAAAAUCAAGAAGAAAUGAAUGAGUUUGAUCCUGCCAAGCUCAAGCGUCAGUAUCUGCGGCAGAAAAGGAAGGAAAAGCGAACUGCAGAGCUGAUUCAUAUGAGUAGAGACACUGAACUCCGGAUGCGAAAUGCAGCCAUUGAGCGCACAAAGCAUUUUGUCAAUAAAGUGAAAGAUAGGUAUAGUAUCUGGAGGAUCGAAUAUCGCAAUCCACAGUCGGAUUCCACUUUGAAGCUCAUGAAAGAUCAAAUCAUAAUGGCAAAGAUAUAUGCUAGCAUAGCUCGUUCCAAGAAGGAUUUCAAUCUCUAUGAUUCCCUUAUGAGGCAUAUCAAAGAAAGUCGAGGCAUUAUUACUGAUGCUAAUUCUGAUAAUGAACUUCACACGAGUGCUCUUGAACAAGCAAAAGCAAUGGGGCGUGCUUUAUCCAUGGCGAAAGAUGUGCUACUUGACUAUAAUGAACUGGCGAGGAAGUUACGUGCUAUGCUUCAAUCUACAGAAGAAAAUAUUAACUCAGUGAAGAAACAGAACACGUUUCUUGUCCAGCACGCUGCAAAAACCAUUCCUAAACCCCUACACUGCCUACCUUUGCAGCUAACAACGGAUUAUUUCCUGCAUAACCAUGCUAGAAACGAAAUGCUAGACAAAUAUAAGCUCGAGGAUAAUUCCCUCUAUCACUAUGCUAUAUUCUCGGACAAUGUCCUUGCAACAGCUGUAGUAGUCAAUUCAACGGUGAUAAAUGCCAAGGAACCAGAGAAACACGUAUUCCAUGUAGUCACAGAUAAACUAAAUUUUGCGGCUAUGAGAAUGUGGUUCAUCAUUCAUCCUCCUCGACCUUCAGCUAUUCAUGUCCAAAACAUCGAUGAAUUCAAGUGGCUUAAUUCUUCUUACUGUUCAGUCCUACGCCAGCUUGAAUCUGCAAGGAUUAAGGAAUACUACUUUAAAGCAAGUCAUCCUUCAUCGCUAUCUGUUGGGAACGAGAAUUUGAAGUAUAGAAAUCCCAAGUAUCUGUCUAUGCUUAACCAUUUAAGGUUCUACAUGCCAGAAGUGUACCCAAAGCUAGAUAAGCUAUUGUUUCUUGAUGAUGAUAUUGUUGUCCAGAAGGACUUGACAAAGCUUUGGACGGUGGACAUGAAAGGGAUGGUAAAUGGUGCGGUAGAAACUUGUAAAGAAAGCUUUCAUCGUUUUGAUACAUAUCUCAAUUUCUCAAACCCGAAGAUAGCGGAGAAUUUCGACCCACGAGCUUGUGGGUGGGCUUUUGGGAUGAAUGUCUUUGAUUUAAAGGAAUGGAAGAAGCAAAGUAUCACUGGAUUAUAUCAUUAUUGGCAAGACUUGAAUGAGGACCGCAAGCUGUGGAAGCUUGGAACGCUGCCUCCGGGGUUGAUCACCUUCUACAACUUGACGUAUCCUCUCGACCGCAGUUGGCACGUGCUCGGGCUCGGCUACGAUCCAGCAGUAGACCUCGCACAGAUCAAGAAUGCUGCUGUAAUUCACUACAAUGGGAACUACAAGCCGUGGCUCGAUCUUGCUAUUACAAAGUACAAUUCAUAUUGGUCCAAGUAUGUGAAUUUCGACAACCCAUACAUUCAGAGCUGCUACAUGAACAAGUAACCUCACAUUAAUUGACAAAAUUUAGCUCGUAUUUGUUAAUUUCAUUUUUGUGUCGUUUUAUGAAAAAUAAGCUAGUUUUCUUACGCAAGUAGUGUGAGCCGACGGCAUCGCUCUGCAAUUUUUGUCUUUUCAGGUGCUAUUUUUUAUUUUAUUAACUCUAAUGUUGUAUUUGCUGUACAGUAUGCUUGUUUCUCCUCACUGUAAUAAAAUCACGAUGUGUUCUUAGGGAA